AUGGGGAGGGGCAAGAUUGUGAUUAGGAGGAUUGAGAACAUGAGCAGCAGGCAGGCCACCUUCUCCAAGCGGUGUCGUGGCCUGCUGAAGAAAGCACGUGAGCUGGCCAUCCUCUGUGAUGUCCAGGUCAGUGUCAUCGUCUUCUCCUCCACCGGUCGCCUCUACGAAUAUGCUAGCCCCAUCGCCGCCACCACCAUGGGCAUGGCCAUGCCUUCCAUCAUUCAAAACUACCAAUCUGCACAAGAGCACCAUCAGCUGUUGAAUCCAAUUUCACAAGUCAUGGAAGCUAACGGGGGAGAGAUUAUCAAACUUAGGAGUAAGACUUAUGUUUAG